GCACUGCACACAUAUUGUGGCAAACCUCUGAGAAGUAUGACAGUGGAACUGAUUCGAGGUGCUGCCGUGUUUCACAGGGACCUACAUUAUCAUUACAACACGUUGUUUAAGUCGGGAAGCGCAGGACUACGAUAAACCAGCGUCUUGUUGUUCAAAGCCGCUGGAAAAUACGUUUUAAACCCGAGCAAACAUGUUUCUUUUUCCUGUAGUUUAGGAUUUAAUAGCUAUGUUAAGCCCUUUCCGUCUAUUAGCAAAUGUGCAGGCAUAAUUCAUGUGUAAUAUGUCCUGACAAACCACAGGAUGUUGGUGGGCUACAGCAGCAGCUCGGAGGAGGAAAGCGAGUCGGCGGCGGCAGCAGCAACUGCUAACGCACUUUUAUCUCGAAAGUGUCAAGAGGAAGACGAUGCUAACAAUGGCAGCCCAGCGACAAAGAAACACAAAAUUGAGGAACAGGUUCCUAAAACGAGGCUGCCUCUUCCUGGUUGCCUGUUGGCCAUGUUUCCAGAGGAAGUGGCCUCACAGACGGAAGACAGCUCUCUUCAUGGUGGACGCGUGCGCUCUUUUAAACACGAGAGAGGCAACUGGGCUACCUAUGUUUAUUUCCCAUACCAUCCUGAGGAGGAGUUCAGGGAGUUGUUGGAGGAGCUGCUCUCACUAGCCGGGGACCACAGUGUGGUUUUGACCCCGCAGGAGGAGUUCCACCUCAGCUUGUCUAAGACGGUGGUGCUCAGACACCACUGGAUCCAAACCUUCACCCAGAGCCUCAGGGCAGGCCUGGUGCACUGCAAGAGGUUUGUGUGCUCAGCAGGGAGACUGAGGCUCUACUGUAACGCUGAGAGGACAAGGACGUUUUUGGGGAUGGAAGUGUGUACUGGGCAUGCUCAGUUGUUGGACCUGAGCCAAGUCUUAGACAGAACAAUGACCGAGUUUCACCUGGACACCUUCUAUAAGGAUCCAUCUUUCCACGUGAGUCUGGCCUGGUGUGUAGGAGACGUGACAGGACAGAUGAAGGAGUGCAUUCAGGAGAUGCAGAGACUAAUUGAUGACCACGAAGAAGGACCAUUUCUGCUGAGGUUGGACUGCGUGGAGCUGCGCUGCAGGACAGGAAACAAGACCUUCCGCUUCCCUCUGGAGCCCUAAAAUUGGACAUAUGUAUAACUUGACCACUCACCCUUUACAGCUGGGAUCCUCUGAGCCACCUAAAUGAGCUGGAAACGUAUCAAUUUAGUGGUGCAACGAUGA